CACACACACUCAAGCACGCACGCGCACGCGCCCCCCACCCGACCGCCCGCCUUCUUGCCUCCCUGCCUCCCCGCCUCCCCGCCUCCCAGCCUCCCUGGCCGGACGAUGGAUCCCUGCAGAUCCCUAGGCUGAAAGCACAGCGCGCCGAGCCAAGCCGGACACAGCUGAACCGAGCUGAUCGGGCGGGUGGGCUGAGCCGGACCGGGCGGGCCGCUCCCUGCAGGGCUCUGCGAGGCGCGGCGCAUCGGCCGGGGGCUCUCCCGCUCUCAGCCAUGAGCCCCUCGGUGGUUCGGCGCUGAGCAGGCGUCUGGUCCCAGCUCUCCAGGACCCGCCGCCGAUCGCUGGGCUCCCGGAACUACCCCAGGAUAUUCCCUGGGCAGGAUGGAGCUGAAGGCAGAUGAGGAAGAGGUGGGUGGUGUCCAGCCUGUCAGCAUUCAGGCCUUUGCCAGCAGUUCCACCUUACAUGGCCUGGCCCAUAUCUUCUCUUACGAGCGGCUGUCCCUGAAACGGGCACUGUGGGCCCUGUGCUUCCUGGGUUCCUUGGCUGUGCUGCUGUGUGUGUGUACGGAGCGUGUACAGUUUUACUUCCACUACCACCAUGUCACCAAGCUGGAUGAAGUGGCAGCCUCACACCUCACUUUCCCUGCCAUCACCCUGUGCAACCUUAAUGAAUUUCGCUUCAGCCGAGUCUCCAAGAAUGACCUGUACCAUGCUGGUGAGCUGCUGGCCCUGCUCAACAACAGGUAUGAGAUCCCAGACACACAGAUGGCAGAUGAAAAACAGUUGGAAAUGCUACAGGACAAGGCCAACUUCCGAAACUUUAAGCCCAAACCCUUCAACAUGCUGGAGUUCUAUGACCGAGCUGGACAUGACAUCCAUGACAUGUUGCUGUCGUGCCACUUUCGGGGUGAAGUCUGCAGUGCUGAUGACUUCAAAGUGGUCUUUACACGCUACGGAAAGUGCUACACAUUCAAUGCGGGCCAGGAUGGACGGCCACUGCUCAAGACUAUGAAGGGUGGGACAGGCAACGGGCUAGAGAUAAUGCUGGACAUCCAACAGGAUGAGUACCUGCCAGUCUGGGGAGAGACGGAUGAAACUUCCUUUGAGGCUGGGAUCAAGGUGCAGAUUCACAGCCAGGAUGAGCCUCCUUUCAUUGACCAGCUAGGCUUUGGUGUGGCUCCUGGGUUCCAGACCUUUGUGGCUUGCCAGGAACAACGGCUCAUCUACCUGCCUCCACCCUGGGGUACUUGUAAAGCUGUUACCAUGGACUCAGAUUUCUUCGACUCAUACAGCAUCACAGCCUGUCGCAUUGACUGUGAAACACGUUAUCUAGUGGAGAACUGCAACUGCCGCAUGGUGCACAUGCCAGGUGAUGCCCCAUACUGCACACCUGAGCAAUAUAAGGAGUGUGCAGAUCCUGCUUUGGAUUUCCUGGUGGAGAAGGACCAGGAUUACUGUGUAUGUGAAAUGCCCUGUAACCUGACUCGCUAUGGGAAGGAGCUGUCCAUGGUCAAGAUUCCCAGCAAAGCCUCAGCCAAGUAUCUGGCCAAAAAGUUCAACAAGUCGGAGCAGUACAUUGGAGAGAACAUCCUGGUGCUGGACAUCUUUUUUGAAGUCUUGAACUAUGAGACCAUUGAACAAAAAAAAGCCUAUGAGAUUGCAGGACUCCUGGGUGACAUUGGGGGUCAGAUGGGAUUGUUCAUUGGCGCAAGCAUCCUGACUGUUCUGGAGCUCUUCGACUAUGCUUAUGAGGUGAUUAAGCACAAGCUGUGCCGUCGGGGCAGGUGCCAGAAGGAGUCUAAAAGGAACAGUGCAGACAAGGGUGUAGCCCUCAGCCUGGAUGAUGUCAAGCGACAUAACCCCUGUGAGAGCCUCCGGGGCCAUCCUGCUGGGAUGACAUAUGCCGCCAACAUCCUACCUCACCAUCCGACCCGAGGCACCUUUGAGGACUUUACCUGCUGAGCCCUGCCAGCCAUCAUACCAAAGGCCUGGGAGGGAAGAGGAGGGCAAGGAAAACCUGGGAGAUUAAGCUGCUCACCUGCCCUGGGGCUUGCCACUGCCCCUCCCACUUCAAGGGCAGCUCCCAACUCCCUUCAAAUUCCUUCCCUCCUAGAACUGGUGGAAGGGGGUUCUGAGUCCAGUGCCCUUCUCUACUCCCUUGUCCUCCAUAUCCAUACAUUUUUAUUUUUAAUGAAACAAAUAACAACAGAAAUAAACUACAAAGAGAAAGGGCAAGGGACCCCAGGCUAUCCCUCUAUGCCCUGUGCUGCCUCCCCCUGCUCCUAGCCUGACCUAUGUCUGUUUGAACAUCCAUCCUCAUCCUGCUUUCACCAUUCACUGAAGCUCUCUUCCAGCAGGGAGGACAUGAGUGGAAGGACUCCUUAGGGGUCUUCAAUUGGGCCCCAGACAGAGAAUGUACCUUAGGAGGGAGGGCUAAUGGGGGAGGAGGGCUUCCCUAGCCUUAAGAGACCCUUUCAGUACAGUGUUCCCCCCCCUCCAACUGUAAAUCACAAGGGCAGGAACUGAGGCCCCUGGCCCUCCCUCCCUCAUACUUACUGGGUGCCCCUCAGAGGUCAAGGAAUGGAUGGUGUUCCCUGAGGGACUCGGGGCAGGAUGAGGCACAAAUUUUCAUGCCCUGGUCCUGCCCCAAAAUCAGAGAAAUUUUUGAAUGGGAUCCGUCAUCCUCAUCCCAUGAAAAAGAUGUAGGCACUUGAUUCCCAACUCAGGGAGAGGGGAACUGGCACCUAUUUCUCUCCUAACUCCCAGUUCCUCCCUCCAGGGGUCCCUUGCAUGGGACCACAUCCAUAAAUUUUCUUAUGGAACUUCCCCAAGUCUUUGUCCUCUAUUCCAUUCGUUUCUUUCUAUGACUUCAUCUGCAUUUUCUAUUUCUAUAUGAUACAGACUCUAUAUUGCUAUAACUCUGUAUAUACUCCCUUCCUUAAGCCCUUGUCUGUCUCUGCCCACCCCCAUCCCCAUCCCCUGUGUCUCCAAGUCCCAUCCCUACUUCCUCCCAAAUCUCCUUCUGUCUCUCUACCCUACAACCACCCUACCAAUCCCUCUGAAUGCCUUCACCUGUAUAAAGUGUUGGACUCUCUCCUCCGGUGUCUGUACUGUGUACACACAUCCCCCUGAGAAGCACAAGGAGACGACGUACGCAUUGUAACUCUCUCACUGUCUUGGACAUAAAGGAAGCUGUGAAUCACAAGCUCUGCCUCUUUCUGGCCUGCCCCCCUCCACCCAACCUUCCUAUGCUUUGAGCACUCUCUGCCCUCCCUGUAGCCUUAAAGCCUCUUCCUUCCUUCCUAUCAGUCCUAUUAUCUCCCUUCUGACUGGGACUUUCCUCCUGGGGGAAGGGGUGGACACAGAAUUGGCACUUAGCUCAGAGGAUGGAUAUUCUCUCUUGGCUCAAAGCCAAGGAGAAUUAUAAAUGAUGGAGUCCCUGGAUCAUGGAGAUAAGGUGUCAGAGACAGUGUAAGGGUGGGAAACAACCCACAGCUUCUAAGGGUAGCCACUGAAAAAUAUACUGGUGGCGAGGAGUUAGUGUCUAAGGCCCUUAUCCCCAAGACUAUGUUGGCUAGGGUCAAAUUCUCCCCUUUACUGACUACCCAUCCUUUCUUACCUUACCUGGGGUCCAAGCCUAUACCUCCAUUGCACAGAUUUUAGGGGCAAGGCUGGACUUGAUAAUGAGAUAGGACUAGAGGAAGUUGGGAGCUCAUGGUGUUACACCAUCUCGCCAUACUCCCCCAGGGAAAUGGUGAAAAUAGAGGUUCGAGACUUCCAUUCAUCUUUCUCUAUCUCAGAUGGUCCAGAAAUAUCCCUUCCAUCCGAAAGUCCUCUUGCUUAGAGCUCCCUGGGAGAAGACCUCAGCCAACUAGCCUCCGAUGAUGAGGAUGAGGCCUCUGACAUAAUUCUAGGAGAUAACUUGUUCUCCUCUCUCCAUCCCAUUUGUUGGGGAAAUGGUAGAGACUGGGGAGGAAGACAAUGCUGGAAGUCCAUAAACACCUGGUUCCUGGUUGUCACUUGGACAGAGAGCAGACCUUCCUGUAGAGAAACAGGAGGAAGUACGCUCUAAGCAGCAGGGGUGGCAGCAAGCAGGAUUGCGGGUGACACACUUCUCUGGUCUAAUAAACUAGGUUUCAACCAUC